AUGCCGAUCCGUCAAUUUCAAGUCGUUGGCCGUAAGGCACCAACUGAAAAGGAACCCAACCCGCCUGCAUACCGUAUGAAGCUCUUUGCACCAAAUCCGGUGCUAGCUCAGUCUCGCUUUUGGUACUUUUUGCAUCAGAUGAAGAAGAUGAAAAAGACUACGGGCGAGAUUCUGGACAUUAACGAGCUGACAGAAAAGAACCGUCGUGUUAUUAACAACUAUGGUAUCUGGAUCCGAUACAACUCGCGCAGUGGCACUCACAACAUGUACAAGGAGUACCGUGAUGUGACUCUUUGUAGAGCUGUGGAGCAAAUGUACGCAGAGCUUGCUGGCCGUCAUCGUGCUCGUCCUCGUUCGAUCCAGAUCAUGCGCACUGCAAUUGUUGCUGCCAAGGACACCCAGAAGCUGACCGUGCAGCAGUUCCACAACUCGAAGAUCUCGUUCCCGCUGUCUCACCGUCUACCGCGUGCUGCUGAGAAGGACCACAAGACCGUCUUCAAGGCUUCGCGCCCGUGCACUUUCCGCGGUUAA